AUGGGCACCACCAGGCUCUACACGCUGGUACUGGUGCUGCAGCCCCAGCGGGUCCUGCUGGGCAUGAAGAAGCGAGGCUUCGGGGCCGGCCGGUGGAACGGCUUCGGGGGCAAAGUGGAAGAAGGAGAGACCAUCGAGGAGGGGGCCAAGAGGGAGCUGCGGGAGGAAAGCGGUCUGACGGCAGACACGCUGCACAAGGUGGGGCAGAUCACCUUCGAGUUCGAGGGCAACCCGGAGCACAUGGACGUGCACAUCUUCUGCACUGAGCACGUCCAGGGGACGCCCGUGGAGAGUGAAGAAAUGCGCCCGCAGUGGUUCCAGCUGGACCAGAUCCCCUUCAGUGACAUGUGGCCGGAUGACAGCUACUGGUUCCCCCUCCUGCUCCAGAAGAAGAAGUUCCUGGGGCACUUCCGCUUCCGAGGCCAGGACACCAUCCUGGGGCACGCGCUGCAUGAGGUGGACCGGUUCUAG